AUGAAAUUAAUACAAAAAACAAUUUUUAUUAAAUUAUUUAUUAUCAUUAUCACUGUUUAUAUUUUAUUAAAUAUUUCACAACUUCACAUUAAUAGUUUAACAAAAAUAAAAUUAAAGAAUAGAGAUAUUAAAGUUUAUGUUGAUUUAAAUCAACAAGAAAAUCUUAUUUCUAAUAAUAAAAUAAUCAAUGAUGACGAAGAAUCAAGUAUUAUUAAUAUAGAUACCAAUGACAAAAAUAAAAAUUCAAUCAUUGACCAAUUAAACAUUGAAAAUAAAGAAGAAAAAGAAGUAUCAUCCUCCUUAGUUGAAAAUCAAAGCGAGAGUAGUCAAAUUAUUCCAUCAUUCAAUAAUGUUAUUGUAGAUUUUGAUCCAAAUAUUAAAUUUGUUCCAGGUGAACCCCCAAAAUACUCUGCUAGAUUCUGUUCUGGUUGCUCCAAAUGCCACGAUAAAAAUGAAAAACACUUAAUCCUUUAUUAAAUAAUUAAUUAAAUCAUUAAUUAAAUCUUGUAAAUUAAUCUGUCCGAAAAAAAAAAA